GUCUCUUGAUGUGAAUCUUCAGGCUGUGCUUCACGUUUCCCAGAUUGUGGCUCGGCAGAUGAUCACGCAGGGGGUGCCAGGGGCUAUUGUGAAUGUCUCCAGCCAGGCCUCCCAACGGGCUCUGCGGGAUCACGCUGUUUACUGUUCCACAAAAAGUGCUUUGGAUAUGCUGAGCAAGGUAAUGGCAAUGGAGCUGGGACCCCACAAGAUUAGGGUGAACACUGUGAACCCCACCGUGGUUAUGACCGACAUGGGGAGAAUUAACUGGAGUGACCCUCAGAAAUCUGCUGCUAUGAUUAAUCGGAUUCCGCUGGGGAAGUUUGCAGAGGUGGAUGAUGUGGUGAACAGCAUUCUCUUCCUCCUGAGCGAUAAGAGUGCUAUGACAACCGGCAGCUCGCUGAUGGUUGAUGGGGGAUUUCUUGUCUCCUAAGAUGAUGACACCUGCAUUUCACAUCUGGCCUUAAUUUUCAUACUAGUGCUGCAGAGCUGUAAACUGGAUAGAAAACAAUGGUACAGACCCCAUCUUGCUGGAGAAAAGGGGUCUCAGGGCUGGAAUCUGUACAAGAAGUGAGGCAGAAAAUUACCUUUAGAGCACUGCUAUAUAAUAAAGCUCACAUACGCCAUCAUGGAGAAUGUUUAUUG